AUGUCGAACAAUAAUUCAGAUUUAUUAGAAUCUAUUCUACAAGGUUUAGAAGAAAAUAUUUCUCUUCUGAAAAACUUGUUAUACUUCAUAGAAAAAAUUGUUGCAAGUAAAACCAACACAAUUACCAGUCAAAACGGCCAGUCAUCAGAAAAAUCGUUAACGAACUCUAACGAAAAAUUACUUAAUUGUAUUACUCAACCUACAGUUAGUGGACUACACGAAAUAGCUGGAUUAAAGGAUAUCAAAAGAAUACUUUUCACACUAACAAUUUUACCGCGGCAGCAACCUCAGUUAUUUAAUAACUGUAGCAUUAGCAACACUAUUUUACUAUAUGGUCCUCCAGGAACUGGUAAAACGAAAUUAGCGCAUGCUGUAGCAGCCGAAUCAAAGGCCGUUCUGUAUUCUGUAUCACUGAGUGAUGUUUUAUCAUCUUAUGUAGGAGAAACUGAAAAAAAUAUCCAUGAGAUUUUUGCACAUCUAAAAUUAACUGAUAAAUACUCUUUGUUAUUUAUAGACGAAAUUGAUGGUGUAUGUCGUAAACGAAAUAGUUCAGAAAAUGAGUACACUAGAAGGAUCAAGACUGAAUUAAUGACUCAUUUAUCUAAUAUUAAUAACUGUCCUAACAUAGUUAUAAUAGCAGCCACAAAUCGACCUUGGGACUUAGACUCAGCAAUAUUAAGACGAUUUCGGAAACAGCUCUAUGUGCCGCUUCCCAACAGCGAAGAUAGAUUAGAAUUACUUCAAUUAUUUACUAAAAAUAUUCCUAUAUUAAAAUCCAUUGAUGAAGUAAUAAAACUUGUGGAAUUGUCUGAUGGUUUAUCUGGAUCUGAUAUUUCCAAUUUAAUACAAGAUGCUUUAAAUAUGCCUCUAAUGGAAUUACAAGAUACCAAAAUUUGGAGAAAAUGUAUAGAUGCAACUUAUGAGCCCUACCAAGGAACCAAUUUAUUAAUCCCAGAAAAUGAUUUAUUCGACACAGAGAAUAUAUUUCUUUGUGAAUUAAAGGAUAUGCCGCCAAUGUCCGUCAGAGCUAGAGAAGUAACAAUGUCAGACUUCUACGAAGCAGUAAGUAAUAUACCGACCACUGUAUCGUCUGAAGAAAUAAAGAAAUAUAACGAGUUUCAGAAUACGUUUACUAAUUUAUAA